GGGGAGAAUGAUCCACGGUGGGGCGGUGCAGAUGUGUUUGUCACCAACUCUGAAAGCGCACGUGUUGCAUAAUCAGAGCAGGAGAGUUCAGAUAGAUGUGUGUUGACAGAACAAGCUCACUCCGAAAUGCCAAAAACAAGCAAGAUUUGAGUUCUGUUCUAAAUCCUAAGAGUCCGAGCCCUCACACAUCGGUGAGGAUCAUCAUCAGGAUGGUACAUACUCUAAAGUCAUGUUUGUAAGUGAAUGCACCUGAGAUGCAGGUGAAUUAGAAGGAGGAGGUAGGUGAACUAAAUAAGUUAAAUUAAACGAACUGAAGAGGAAAACAUGAAUCUGAUGUCCAGUGAACAAACUGGGCUCUUUUAAACUGCAGGACUGUGAUUAUGAAACUUGUAAAAGUGAGCUGACUGAUGAAAAUCAGGUGUCCAAAAUGAAGGGUGGGGCGUUUUAGACCAGCAGAGCGUGACAAGUAGUGCAGCGUGUGUUUUAUGAUUUGUGUCCAGAGCUAGUUUUCAUACACACAGGUAGGAAAAUCAAGUGGCCUUUUAUUUAGAACACUGGCAGCAUUUCUAACGGGCUGAUGACUUUUUAUGUUGUAAUAUGACACUGCCUACACAUCCACAUAUGAAGCAAUGCAAAUAUUGGUGCAAAACGUGUUUUACUGCUUGUUUCAAGGACGCUAAAAACAUCAGAAGAUUGAGUCUUCUGAAUCUGAAAAGCUUUCAACAGUUUGCAGAGGAGAGCCGAACACGAGCCGAAGUCUCUGAGACCACGAUGGGAGGAAAGUGAGAGCGAGACCUUAUGGAGCGGAGAUCAGCUGCGGUGUGGAUCUUCGUCCUGGGGGCCAGGCUCGCUCUGGCCUCAGAGGCCUUCCCCCAACCCCCGAGGCUCAUCGGAUGUGUGUUCAUUAUGCGACGUAACGUCACUUGCUGCUGGGAGCCCGGAGACACAUCAGUGAUCACAAAUUACACCCUGCAGGUUCAGAGAAACACGAAUUCCCUGAAGACCUUCACCUGCACUACAUCCAGCUCAAGGUGCACCGCCAACCUUGACGGCUCUUCUGUGAGGUUUGAGUUCUGCGUCACCAUUGUAGCACACUAUGAAAACGGGGACGUUCGAUCAAAAUCUCGCUGUCAGUCUGGUAGGAAAGAAGUAAUCUUGCCUCCAGUGAUUUUGAGCAGCGUGAAGCAGGUUCAUGGUGCACCCAAAUGUCUGAACAUACACUGGAAUCGCGAUUUGUCGUCCUUUCCUGUGUCUGACCGAGAAAUCGAGGCUGGAAAUCUCAACUCUCAAAUAGAAAUCACCACACGGGAACAGGUGGAUGUUCAGAUCAUGAAUGUGACAGUGACUGGUUACAGCUUAAUGGUUUGUUUCUUCAGACCUGACACUUCAUACGUCAUCAGGCUUAGGAACCGUUACCAGGGCCCGGAGAGCCCAUGGAGCUCUUGGAGCAACGCACUGCAGGGGAGGACAGCAGAGGAUGCCCCAUCUGCAGCACCAAUUCUCUGGAGGAAAGUAGAAAACACUAACAGGAAUGGAUCAAGGCUCAUCUCCCUGCUCUGGAAGCCCCUGCCUCAAUUUCUGGCAAAUGGCAAAAUUGUUUGCUACAAUGUGACUUGUCGGACAAAAGAUGCUCAGGUUCUUAGUGAUCAUGGAAGCUGCACAGAUUUGCAAAAUGCAGAUGCUUUCUGCAGCUUGUCUCUCCCUGCUGGAUGCUACUCCUGCUCUCUGACAGCCUCCACCUCUGCAGGAGAGUCACCUGAGGCCAGAAUCUGGAUCCCAGAUUCUUCUAAAACAGUUCUACCUCCCCCGAGUCACGUCACUGCCACUCCUCUAAGUGAAAGCAGCUUGGAAGUUCACUGGACGGCUCCUUGCAAUCGAUCGGUGAGCGGUUUCGUUGUGGAGUGGUUUUCUGUUAGAGAGAAAAACAGCAGCAUCCUCUACUGGGAAAAGGUGAAUACUUCCUCCACAAAGCUGCUCAUCACAGGAGUGAAGCCGAUGGAACAGUAUGCGGUUUCUGUCAAGGCUUUGUAUGAAAAUGAAGAAGCAGGAGAAAACAGAACGCUCCGCGUUUAUACAAGAGAAGGGCCGCCCUCAGCUGGUCCUCAUGUGAAAGUGCAAAACAUAAACGGCUUCUCGGUGGAGCUUAGCUGGACUCCUCCACCUGUGGAAUUUCUUCAUGGGUUCAUUUCUAAUUACACCCUUUUCUACAGCAGCAGACACUACCCAGCAAAGAGCGUUGUAGUUCCUGGUCAUGUUUGCCGCCACACUCUGAAGAACAUGUCACCUGGUAUCUACGACAUCUUCAUGAAGGCUAGUACUGUCGCUGGCACCAGUCCAGCUGGGAACCUGGCUAAUGUGCUUAUUGGUUCUGAGGAGAUGUCUAUAGUCACGUAUGUCCUUGUUCCGAUUGUUCUCAUGGCAACGGUGCUGAUGCUGGUGGCCUGUCUGGCACAGACACAGAUGGUGAAACAAAAGUUGUCUCUAGGUAUUCCUGAUCCAUCCAACAGCACCUUGUCUCAUUGGAAUCCUGACACCAGUUUGGAUACUAAGAGGCUGGUUGUGGUUCAGGCGAAGCCUGAAGACGAUUACUCUGACAUCAUUCUGCUGGAUAAGCUGCAGGACCUGGACAAGAACCGUAGCUGCCUGCUGCUCUCUCGUCCCCACAGUUACUUCCCCCUCCUCUCCUCUUCUCCCCCAUUAAAAACAUCUGAUCAGUUGUUCACCAGGAACCGAACAGAAGAAGAGGGGAUUUCCAGCAGCAAUUUCUCUAUGAACAUCUACUCUAACAUCAGCGACUGUCAGCCCCCACAGACAACCCUCCUCCCGCUCUAUAAGCACCAGUUCUUUGGAAGUCCAACAACCAUCUACAGCAAUGACAUCAAGUUCCCAGCAAAUGAAGCCAGUGAGUCUCUUGUUUUCCAGCUGUCUCCAUCUGAGCAGACCAGCGUUCCUUUGUUUCCAGAAGAUCUUCAGAGUGGUGUGUCUUUACCAGACUUAAGUAGAGCUUCUCGUUCUUCUCAACCACCCAAACUCUGUACUGUUGCUAAAGAAAGAUUCUGUCGUUGAAAGUUUUAGGAUAUAAGCUCCCCUUCUUUCUGUGGAUUAUUGUUAUUUAUUUUUAUUUUUUUGUUGUUAGUGUUUUUGGAUGCUUUUUAAUUCCAACCAGACACGGAGUCAGAGAUGAAAGAGAAAGGAAGAGAUGUAAACCUGAUGAGGAAAUACAAAAUCAACAUUGUUUUACUGAGCAAUCACAUGAUAAUAAAUCACAGUGCAUUAAGUGCCAACCGCAGCCUUAAGACAUGUGUUGAACAUGCAAGUCCAUACUUAUGAGAGCACCAUGUGAGCACAUGUGUGCGUACAUGCAUGUAAAUGUAAGGUUUCUCUAUAGGAGUGUCCAAUAGAGUGUGAGGGGCCACAGAUCUGCCCCCAAAGAUGCGUAGAAGACAGAGGGAGCUCCAAGCCCAAGAGAUCCAGGAGCUGUCCCGGAGCGCAGGGACCCCAGGGAGACUGUAACCAGAAAAGCCCCAGUCCCCUCUGAAGAGGCGCAGAGGAUUGCCCUGGGGGGGGUCACAACCAGCAGCCAGCAGAGUCCCGGGAGAUAAGAGCAGCAAGCCCACAGGCCCGCCCGCAGCCUCCCACCUCCCACUCCUAGCCUCCAGCCCUCGGAAGCCAAGCGACAAUGGAGUGCACCGUCACUCAGGGUGAGGCUGAAAGAUCCCCCUGCCAAAUGUCAUUGAGUGUGCUCACUCCAAAGGCCCCAAGUGUGUUUUUGCGUGGAAUGUCAUUGGUGGAAGUGUUUAAUGUGAAAAUAAAAUUGGGGGGCAGGUUGCCACAGGACUGCGAAUAUGGGAUCCAUACCCGCACCCCCUGACUUACCCACCCCCCAAGGUCCUUUGUGCAUGUUUGUGUGAUGAUGUGAGGGAGCAGGAGGAGGAAAAUGUCUGGGGACGGGGAGGAAUGGCUGUCCCCUCCAGGGAGCUAUCUGCCCCACUGACCCUGAUAGGCACCUCCGUUCCCAAACUACUACCCAGGGCAUGGAGACCCCAGCCCAUCUGGCCAGGGCCCAAAGUAGCAGCACCGCAGAGCCCCAUGGAGCCCGAGGGCAACAACCCAGCCCCACCCCAGCAGAAUAUCUACUCCCAUCCCUGCAUUUGCACAACUUCCAGAAUAUGUAAGAUAUGAGACAUCCAGGCAAGGUUGGGUCCUCCUCCUCCUGGACAUCCCCCUCCCCCAUGAUGGGACAGAAAUGUUAUUAUUUCAGAGGAGCUAAGGUCCACCUGAGGCCCCUGAGUCUGGGCCAGGCACUGCCGCAUGUCCCUGCCUUGUUCCCGGCAGCAUACAAGUCAGGACCCAAUCCCUAAGGCCCCACCCAGAUCCCCGCACGGCCGGCCGCCCCCACAGCCCUAGAUCGCCACCCAGACCCACCCAGGGGUGAUGCAGCUGUGGAUUUGUCCUACAGCUCUGAGCAGCGUGGUCCUCCAACCUCCUCUGAUGUGUAAUUUGUGUUUUUUUGUAGUUAUUUUUAGAAUUUGCAUGUGGUUGUUUUAAAACUGGAUUAUUUAUCUUACUUUAGAUGUCGAUUGUGAUAAAAAUUGCAAAAGAACUGUGACCUUUACGUGUGAAAUAUGUUUUAUUUUUGUCCAAACAGGAGGAAAGAUUCCUCUUUAUUUCAAGGUUUUAAAUGUGAAACCAUAAAUUAUUGAAACGCUGUCAGAGACAUGUGCAUGCUGCUAUUUUAACUUUGCAGAAAUCUUGUGUCUGAAUAUAGAAUUUUGGGUUUUUAUUUUAAAACUGGAAACAUGUUUUCAUUUCUUCUUGUUUUGCUUACAUGAUGGUUGCACUGUAUAUUAAAUGUUAAGCUAUCAACCUCUUCAGUCCAGAGUCAUGUCCAUAAAAAGAUCAAAAAUCUGCAUUCAGAUGACAUAAAAUUAGACUGAUAAGAAAAACAUGGGAACAAACCCAAACAAAAUAAAAUGACCUAAAACGUUUUAAGAGGCGCUAAAAAUCAAAAUAAGAUGAGUUUUAAAAACAAAGUGGAAAUAAUUCAACAUUAUGGGAAAUGCAACAAGUAAAGCAAAUUAUGGUGGAAGAAUUAAACUAUAUAUUUGGACUUAUUGUGAUCUUGUUUCAAUAUGAGACACUUUAAGAGCUGGAAAUGAUCUAAUAAUGAACUCACUCAGGAAUACAAAGUAUGAACUAAGAAACAAAGCAUAACAUUUAGGCAAAAGGGGACUGUUCUCUGAUGAUGCAACUUGAAAAGCUGUAAUUCCCAACAAUUUAAAAUAGGAGGAAGUUUAUUUGUUUAAACUAUUUUAAUUUGUUUUAACAGACCAUGUUUAUCUUCCUGGAGGGCCUCUAGCUGCUCUCCUGCUCCAACACACCUCGUUCAAUGACUGAUUCACCUCUUCAGCCUUCAACCUACUGGUUGUGCAGCACCAGACUAAAGACCAAAGGUGACAGAUCAUUUGCUGCUGUGGCCCCCAGACUCUGGAUCUCUCUCCCCCCGAGCCUGAGAUCAUUAGACUCAGUGGUCUCCUUUAAAAAGCAGCUGAAGACUCACCUGUUCAGGCUGGCUUUUGUAUGACCUUCAUCACAAACCCUCUCCUUAUUCUGCUCUCCCCAACUAGUAUGCCUUCCCCAGGAUUCACUU